CGCGCGUGAGGGAUCGGAGUGGGCGUUUCGGGGAGGGAUUUAUUUUCCCCACCCCGCCACCGUCAUCGCGGAGGAAGGUUACGCGAGGAGUACAGUGGGGAAGAUGGCGGCGUUGAGGCACCUUUAUAAUAUGUUGUUCAAGAGGACGUCCACCUUCGCCCUCACCAUCGUGGUGGGUGCUGUCUUCUUCGAGAGGGUGUUCGACCAAGCGGGAGACGCUCUGUUUGAACACCUCAAUCAAGGGAAACUUUGGAAACACAUCAAGCACAAUUAUGAAAAGAAAGAGGAAGAAUAAUUAGAAGUCAGUACUGCAAGGUGUUCUCCAACUGGCAUGUUGCUACUAUUGAAUGGCCCAAAACCACUAUACCAUCCACCAGGACCAUUAACUUUCAGAUUGACUUGAAAUAGUCAGAAAAAUGGAUUGAUACCGUAAUGGAACAAGUGCUGGGCCCACUUGUUGAAAAUUACAAAAACGUGUAUCUAAUGAAUUCAACAAUCUAUCUAUCUGCCAUUAAUCAUUUUUCCAUCCUGAUCACAAUAAAUACUUUAAGAAUGAG